AUGGGUGCCAGUUGUAAAGAUCAAAAAAAGGCUGUAGCCAUAUGCUUACAAAGAUCUCCAUGUGUAAUGAUUCAACGACAUAAACCACAACAAUGUGUAGAUGACCCAGACUUGAGGAAGGAAUUACCUGAAUUAUGUAUAGCUCAAAUGAAAGCCUUUUUAGAUUGCAAGAGUGGGAUGGUGGAUAUGUCCAAAAGAAUGAGAGGUAAUGCACCUUUGUCUACAGGUAAAUAUGACCAACAGUAUGAAAACCUAUGUUCGGGGAAUUUUGAUCCAAGAGAAGAGAUGAAGAAAUUAGAAAUUCUAGAUAGCGAAAGAAAGGAUUGA